GAGUUCUGGGUGAGAGGAAUCACCAUCAUACGGCUCUAGGGAGCAACAUUAAGAGGAGACGCUUCCCGCACUCGAAACAGCGCACAGCUCAUUUUCAAGUUGAUCUUGAAGCAAAUCAAGUGAAGUCAGUCUACGAUGGGUGAUUGCGGCCGUGUUCUAAAUUUUUCGGCCGGACCUUCCGCGGUUCCUCUGGAAGUUUUGAAAACCGCGCAGCGAGAGAUGUUGAACUAUGAUGGAUCUGGGUGUUCAGUCAUGGAACUCAGUCACAGGUCGGCCACCUUCGACAAGAUCAUUAAGUCCGCGGAGCAGGACUUGCGUGAUAUCCUGAGCAUUCCUCCGAACUACAAGGUUCUUUUCAUGCAAGGCGGCGGUACAGGGCAGUUCGCGGCCGUACCUCUGAAUCUCUGCCCGAAGCUCAAAGAACAGAAGGCGGAUUACGUUGUCACUGGUACUUGGAGUCAGAAAGCAGCUAAAGAGGCCGCAUCGUUCGUUCAAGUAAACGAGGUGUUCCCCCGACCAGCAAAAUUCGACAACAUUCCGCCCGAGUCCGGAUGGAAAACAUCACCAGACGCCGCUUACCUCUAUUAUUGCGACAACGAGACGAUACACGGUGUCGAAUUUCCACGAGUCCCAUCGGUGGACUGUCCCAUAGUUUGUGACAUGUCUUCCAACAUCCUGACCAGACCGGUCGAUGUCUCGAAGUUCGGUGUGAUAAUUGCCGGUGCACAGAAGAAUCUGGGACCAGCGGGAGUCACUCUAGUCAUCGUGAGGGAAGACCUCAUCGAGAAUCCCGCUUCGGUUUGCCCGUCGGUUUUGAAUUACAAAAUCACCGCGGACAACACAUCUUUGUACAACACGCCGCCCACGUACUCGAUUUACCUCCUCGGUCUGACGCUCAAGUGGAUUAAGGAGCACGGCGGAGUCGAAGGCAUGCAGGAACGCAGUGCGAAGAAGAGCAAAGCCCUUUACGACUUGAUCGAGGCUUCGGAAGGUUUCUAUGUGAAUUCAAUCAACAAAUCCUGUAGAUCCCGAACUACGAUCCCGUUCCGAAUCAGAUGUGACGAGGCUUUGGAAAAAAAAUUCUUGGCAGAAGCUGAGAAAGCCGGCAUGAUUCAACUGAAAGGUCAUCGCUCCGUGGGCGGUAUCCGUGCUUCAAUGUUCAACGCAAUGGAGGUAGAACAAGCACUGAGACUCAUCGAGCUCAUGAAGACCUUCAAAGCUCAGAAUCAGUGACGUAGAACGAGGAGACACGUUUCGCGGAUUGUGGUUAUCCUCGAAGGACUUGGAUACCGGCUAUUAAAACAGGUUCUUGAGCGGUGAUGAA